GACUGGUUGUUUGUAUUGUGCUGCAGCUAAGGCCAAGUCAACAAAAUACGAAGGAAAACAAAAUAAAAAUAAAGGGAAUGAUGUCUGUAAACAGGUGGGUGAGGCUUUUUAGGGGUGCAAGAUCUUCCCUACCUUCUCUAUUACAAGAGCGGCUUUUGUCGGGGUCGGGGCUGUCUGGCGGCUCGUAUGAGCCCCCCACAGAGUGCCGAAGGGUGGAGGGAGCGCUGCAGCGGCCAAGGAGGACGCUUGCAGGCUCUAUCGAGGAUGUCCGUAAUGUGCGGGUUGGCCAAAUCAAUAUAAUUUUGCUGAACGACUUCCUUCGGUAG